ACAUUUAAUUUUAAGCAGCAGAACGGUGACUUGUCGGGUAUUGCAUCAUACAAUCGACGAACGAACCUGGAGAGUCGCAUCGACGAGAGCGAAGACAUCCGAAAUGGUGUGCUUAGCCUGCCUUUUGCCGCUGUUCCUUAUCCCGGUAGUGAACGCCUUGCCGUUACUUUUCAGUUUUAUCCUGGCAAAAAUUUAUAGACUUUUUGGAUGGGAAUACAGAAAGCCAGAGAGGGUUCCUCCGGCGUGUCCAUACAGGCCUGCUGCCAACAAAAGUGCCCAGCUUACAGGAGAUCCAGAAGUAGUGCCAGAGAAGAAUAAGUCCUGUCUGCAAGAUGCUAAACAAGAUUAAUGAGCUUUCAUUGGGAACGUCUACAGUUUUAUUUUGUCAGGCAUGUGAUUCUAUCUCCCGUAAACUGUUUAUUGUAUGCAAAUCCUGAUGUUCACAAGCAUGAGCAUGAGGUUCUGAAAUUUAUGGAAGAAACAAGGAUUAAUAGAACUUAAUUCUACGAUGAAAUGCGAUUGUGGAUUUGAAAUACCGCGAAAGCAUAAAUAUACCAUCCUUACAAAUAUUUUAAAUAAAAUUACUUGUAUAUUUUUUUUCUUGGGACC